AUGCCGGACAAAGUUUGGACGCAGCUACAUGAAGCAGUGAGAAGAGGAAACAUAAAGAUAGUCAAGAGUUUACUAGGCAAUGGCAGCGAGGACAUUAAUGUCGCGGGCACAGACCCUUCUUGUUGGUGGUUCAUAAACUGGACGCCUCUACAUGUCGCAGCGCACUGUGGCAACCUCCCCAUCACCCGUCUCUUGGUUGAUUCAAUGGCGGACGUUGGCUGCAGGACUGAAGCAGGGAAAACGGCACUUCAUUUGGCAUCGGAACAAGGUCAUUUUGACAUGGUGCUUGAACUGCUUCGACUCAAACUAAAAUUAAACUCACGGGAUGUUUUUCGUCACACGGCCCUACAUUGGGCAUCGCAGGGGGGACAUAAAGAAAUAGUGAAACUGCUGCUCUCGCACAAAUCGAAAGUGCAUCUUAAAAAUACAGCAGGGAACACGUGCCUCCAUCUGACGGCUGAACGGGGCCACGUUGAUGUUGCAGACCUAUUGAUUGGUUCAGGAGCAAGCGUCAAUGACGUCAAUCACUGGGGGGAAUCCCCGUUGCACCUUGCCUGCAAGGGUCGCCAUGUCAAGAUGAUCAAUUUUCUUGUAUACAGUAGGGCCAAUUUACUUCUACGAACCAAGGACAAUAAGGUGCCUGCCGAAAUGACAAAAGACAGCGAAAUAUCCUCUCAAUUAGUAAACCUCAGGCUCGUUGAAGCACGGGAAGUCCUCAUGGACAAAGCUAUCGGUUUUGUUCAUAAAACGGUGAACUUGGCCCAGUGCCGCUUUCUCGUUCGCAGAAACGUCACCGACGUGGAGCUGGAUGACUUAGAAUACGCUUACGUUAGAGACGGAAGUGAGCAGAGACACAGAAUGCUACAACUAUGGAGACAAAGAAUGACAGAACCUUCCGUUGAUCACCUUAUUGAAUUAAUGAAAGAAAAUCAGCUGAAAUUACAAUCAGAGCAACUCGAAGAAUGGUAUGAGGUCAUUAAAGGAGAAAUACUUGCUUUUGAUUGGACGGAGUACGAGAGGUUUUUGGAAGGGAGAAAAGAGAGGCAACCAAGAGAAGCAAAUGAAACUAUGUCGUCAGACUUGAUCCAUGUGACCUUGGACAGAUGCUACGUCACCACUGACUUGCGCACAGUAUUCAUACCAGUUGGUAAUGUGAACGGCACUUCCGACAGCGGCUCAAGUCAAAAAUGCGAAGCAUUGGAAUUCCGUUACGUGGGCAAGAAAGUACUUUUAAAAUAA